GACCAAUUCCUUCCACUUGGAUUGUCAUCCUACUACAGUAAAGGGCGAAUCUCUUUGUACGUCGUCAACACCCAUCCGAAUCGGCAAUGCGUGGAGAUUUUCACAUAUCACAAAGAGAAGAAUGUUCUUUUCCAUAGGAAAUCUGUUUGCGACGCAGGAUUCUCGAGCAUCUCGGACAUCGUAGUAGUUGGUGCGGAUAGAUUCUUCGUCAGCAAUCUGGCUUAUAUGUCGAGAGGUCAUUUGCAAACGGCCGAAUUGAUGAUGCAGAGCAGUUUCGGUGCGUUGUACUUCUUCGAUGGGCGGAAUGUCUCAUUGCAAGAGUCUCGACUUUCCUCACCUUCAGCGCUCGCCAUUGAUCGACGGCGGCAGCUGGUCUUCGUCGGUUCCAUGCUUAACGAGAAUAUUCGUGUGUACAAAUUGGAGAAGGAUUUCUCGCUCACGUUCCGAACGCAGAUCUCUUUGCUAUCCUCACCCGCUGGAAUGCAUAUAGAUGAAGAGUCCGGUAAGAAAGUAGUUCCUUUCGCAGUGAUCAGAAGCAUUGGAAAAACCGGGCCGAGUAGACCGUGUCUG